GUGACCCUUGUAGAGUGCAGAGAAGUUAGAAUGAAAUCAUGGAUGGGAAAGGGGUGGUUGUUUCCGGUGUUGCUGCUCUUUCAUUUUUCAUUCUCCCAUUCCUUGUGUCACCCCCAUGACUACCUUCAAUUGCUUCACUUCAAGGCCUCCUUAACCAUUGAUAUUACGAAUAAAUAUUCUUAUCACUGUGAUGAGGUUUAUCGAAGCAUAGAAACAUGGGAAAAUGGAACAGAUUGCUGCUCUUGGUCUGGAGUGACCUGUCACCCCAUUUUUGGUUAUGUCACUGCCUUACACCUUGCAUGUGCUGGGCUACAGGGUAAAAUCCAUGCAAACAGUACCCUUUACAGUCUUUCUCAUAUGCAAUCACUCAAUCUUGCUUUCAAUGACUUCUCCAACUCUCAAAUUCCAUCCACCAUAGGUGAGCUUGUGAGCCUCACACACCUCAACUUGUCUUCUUCAAACUUUGAAGGUGAAAUUCCUCCUCAAAUCUCACAUCUUUCCAAAUUACAAUCACUUGAUCUCUCUGAUGAGUUUAGGUUAAAAUGGGAAGAAGGCACAUGGAAGAGGAUGCUCCAAAAUGCAACCCAUUUAAGGGUUCUAGUUUUGGAUCAAACAAAUUUGUCAUCAACCCUAAUGAGCUCACUCAAUUUGUCUUCCUCUUUGAUCACUCUAAGUCUUAGAGGAACUGGGUUAAAGGGAAAGUUGACAGAUGACAUUCUUUGUUUGCCAAAUCCGCAACACCUAUAUCUAUCAUAUAAUUCUGACCUUCAUGGCCAACUUCCGGAUCUGAGUUGUAGUUCAGCUUCUCUCAAUGUCUUAGAAAUGAUUAAUUGUGAUCUCCAAGGGACAAUCCCUCCUUCUUUCUCUAACCUCACACAUCUUACUUCAUUGGACCUCUCAUACAACUACAUCGACGGUUCAAUUCCACCCUCUCUCUUAACCCUUCCACGUCUAAAUUCUCUGCUUCUCUAUAUUAAUCAUCUCAGUGGUCAAAUACCGAAUGUGUUUCAUAAGUCAAACAAAUUUGAAGAAUUGGAUUUGAAUAGUAACAAUAUCCAAGGUGAGCUGCCAUCAACAAUUUCAAAUCUUCAACACCUCAUUUACUUGGAUAUAUCGCGUAACAAAUUAGAGGGACUUCUGUCCAACAAAAUAACUAGGUUUUCAAAUCUAACUAGAUUAUAUUUGGAUUCCAACUUGCUAAAUGGUACAAUACCUUUUUGGUGUUUCUCUUUGCCAUCGUUGGAGUAUUUAUAUCUAUCCAAUAAUCAUUUUAGUGGGAUUAUACCUGCAAUCUCGUCAAAUUCCUUACGGAGUCUAAGUUUGGAUGGCAACAAGCUACAGGGCAAUAUUUCAGAAUCAAUUUUCAACCUUGUCAACCUUACUCAAUUAUCUCUCUCAUCGAACAACUUCAGUGGUUCUGUCAAUUUUUCACUCUUCUCCAAGUUCCAAAAUCUGGAAUAUCUUUACCUCUCAAAUUUAAGUCAAUUAUCACUAAACUUUGAAUCAAACGUCAAUUAUAGUUUCUCCCGCUUGCAGGAGUUGGACUUGUCUUCCAUGGGUUUGACUGAAUUUCCAAAAUUAUCAAGAAAAACCCCAGUUUUGGAAAUUCUCGAUUUGUCCGACAACAACUUGAAUGGAAAAGUGCCCAACUGGUUGCAUGAAAUGGAUUCUUUAAGUGAUGUAUACCUAGACCGAAACUUUUUGACAACACCAGUGGACCAAUUCUCUAGGAACUACAAUCUAUACUAUCUUGAUCUAAGUUUCAAUUUACUCAGUGGUGCUAUCUCUUCGUCGAUUUGUAAUGCAAGUUCCCUUCACACUCUCGUGUUGUCCAACAACAAGUUGACAGGCAGCAUUCCACAAUGCCUUGUGAGUUUACCGUUCCUUUGGGUCUUGAGUCUAGAAAGCAACAGACUUAAUGGAACUUUACCAAAUACCUUUUCAAACAACAAUCUCAAUAUUCUGAAUCUCAAUGACAACCGAUUUGAAGGUCCUUUGCCAGAAUCAUUGUCCAACUGCAUGCGACUGAGCGUUUUAAAUCUUGGCAACAAUCAACUGGAAGAUACAUUUCCCCAUUGGCUUCAAACUCCACCAAUUUUGAGAAUAUUGAUUUUGCGGGCUAAUAAGUUCCACGGUCCAAUUGCCAUAUUCAACAAGACCAAGUAUGUAUUUCCUAUUUUAAAUGUUUUUGAUAUCUCAUCCAACAAUUUCAGCGGCCCAAUUCCAGAAGACUACAUACAAAGUUUUGAAUUCAUGAGGAAUGUUAUUAAAUAUGAUUUUUUUGGCUCACAGAUAUACAUACGAUGCCUACCUAUGACUGUAACAACAAAAGGUAUUAGCAUGCCAUUAAAAAAAAUUCCAAUAAACUUUGUGAUCAUGGAUUUAUCAGUAAACAAAUUUGAAGGAGAGAUUCCAAAAGUAAUUGGAGAGCUUCAAGCACUCAGAGGACUCAACCUCUCCCACAGCAGACUGAUGGGUCCUAUUCCCCAAUCCUUGGGAAAUUUGACAAUGUUGGAAUCUUUGGAUCUCUCUUCAAAUAUGCUCACUGGUAGGAUUCCUACAGAAUUGGUGAAUAUGAAGUUUCUUGAAGUACUGAAUCUUUCCUAUAAUCAUCUUGAGGGAGAAAUACCCAAAGGAAAGCAGUUUGAUUCUUUUUCGAAUGAUUCCUAUAAGGAAAACUUGGGCUUAUGUGGAGAUCCAUUGUCAAUGAAAUGCAACCAGAAUCAUGAUGGACAUCCUCGACCUUCACAAAGCUUGUGGAGAGAAGAGAAAUUUGGAUUUGGUUGGAAAGCCGUGGCUAUAGGGUAUGGGUGUGGAACAGUAUUUGGAGUGGGGAUCGGAAGUUUUAUGUUUUUCAUGGGAAAGCCAAAAUCGCUUGUGAGAAUGUUUGGGGGUUAACUUUAUUAGAUGCUCAAAAUGAACACUGUGUUUAGGACUCGCCAACGAAUAAAUCAGCUCAUGCAAAUAUGAUACUUAGUAUGCUAUUUUCUUUUCCUUGUCUUAAUUGUGGUGAAUGUAGUAUUACAAAGUUUAUAAAUCUACGAAGUUCAGUUUUGAGAAAUCCGAUGAUCAUUGAUCGAAAUUGAAAUAGAAAAAGUUUCUGGAUAAUGA